AUGUUUUAUGACGGGCCCGUAUUACUUUUUGAGCAGCUUCUGUUUUGUUUGUACACAUGUAUGUGUUUUGAGGAGGUUUUAGUGGCAUCUGAAACAAGUUUAAGGCUGCUAGGUGAUCAACAAACUCCCACAGUUCAACGUAGUUUGUUAAAAGCGAGGAGUUUUUUAAAAAUAUUUAGUUUAUUUUAUGGAGUUAUUGUCAUCUAGGAUAUAAAAGAUAGACAUCGGUACAUAUGUAGACUAAAGGAUUUACUAUAAAAGUCGGACUUAGUACUGUAAAAUUUUAUGCUGUUAGUCGCAGUAAAAUUAUAAUAUUUUCUUUUAGGUAUGCAGUCAGGGCCGAGGCAACAACGCUCACCGAAGGAAUGGUUUCGGAAGUAUUUUUGCCAUGUUGAGGAGGAUGAUAAUGAUAACCAAAGCUUGCUUGAAAACCUCACACCGGAGGAGCAAUUCGUUGAGAGGCAUCGGAAACUCAUCUCUUUUGCGAUUCCCGUAACGACAGGCCUGUUUUUAUGGCUCUGCACUGCAUAUAACUAUGACUACUUUUCAUUAUACGCAACACAUUGGCAGAUGCCAUUGACUAUGGUGUUUGGGGCACUUAUUGCAGGUAACAAUUUACAGUAUGAGCAUUUAAAUCUUCGUAUUCUGUUCCAGGAAUGACAUCCGAAGGCGGUGGAGCAAUCGCUUUUCCAGUCAUGACAUUUGUUCUUCACAUGACGCCCAAAGACGGAAGGGAUUUUUCGAUUACAAUUCAGGGCUUUGGUAAGUCCUGUGGCAUUUUAAAUCCCUAAAGUAUAAAGAAUUUUUGAUGUAGCAUUGAUGCAUUUUUCAAGAAAUGAAAUUCCAGAUAUAUUGCUGUAACACUUUAGGGAUGAGUUCGGCAUUAUUCGCGAUAAUAUUUAUGCGGCUGAACGUUGAGUGGAGAGCGAUCGGACUUGGGGUUUUGGGAUCAAUUCCUGGACAGUUAUUCGGGCUUUACUAUGUAAGUAGACCUUUAAAAACCCCCAGUUCACACGAGUCAUCAUUAUCAUCACUUUUUCAGGUUGAUCCAAACUUCACAGCUCCCGAGAAGAAGAUGUUAUUCGUCUCGAUAUGGUCUUCUUUCGCCCUGUCGCUAUGGAUUCUGAAUCGAGAGAAGAAACGGCCAACUUAUUCUCAAAUCCAGAAUUUCUGUUUUUGGAAAGCGAUGGUCUUAUUGGCCACAGGAUUUGUUGGUGGAGUAUUUACGGCGUUUGCCGGGAGUGGAGUUGACAUCUGUAUUUUCUCGGUGAUCACUUUGUUGUUCAGCGUUUCUGAGAAAAAUGCGACACCAACAACGGUUGUGGCUAUGGGUAAGCUCACGUUUAUAGAAUUUUGCUUGCAUUAGAAGUUACCUAUAAUGUUACGUCCAUUUCAGCGUUAUCUUCACAAUUCUGCAUGUACUGGCGGUACGUAAUCAUGGGGGAUGUCAGUCAAAUUGUUGUUGAUUACAUCAAAGUCAGCAUUCCCGUUGGAAUGGGGCUGGCGCCAUUUGGUGCCUAUGUGGCUUCAUUUUUACAUCGACAGGUAAUUUUUAUAACGCAUCAGAAGUCAUUCGGACGACUUAACGAGCCCCCCUGCGGACAAGAGAUAGAGAGGAAGAGUUAACACCUUUUUGGUCAAGCAUUACUCUUUGUGUCAAGUUUUCCCUUCGUUCAAAACCUACUUCCUUUUCCUAACCUUCAAAUUUCAGGUGUUAGCCCACUUCGUUUACAUCCUAGAAGCUGCGGCCAUGUUUGGCUUCCUCCUUACCGGCCCACCUCUUCACCUUAUGAUGACUUCCUCAACCAUCCUGUUCUGUGGAUUUUUAUUCUUCUCAUUCUUGUGCAAAAAAGGAAAGGAUCUCCUUCCUCCAAGUGAGGAGCCCGAGAAAACAGCUUUAGAUGUGAAAUGCCCCUUGUAA